AUGGGCUCGCUCGGCCCCCUCGCCAGCCUCCUCUUCCUCGCCGCCCUGCUUUCCCGGGAGCUGGCGGCCAAGCGGGCGCUGCCAGCGCCCGGCCCCUCGCUGCCGCUGCUGCGAGCCCUGCAGGAGCGGGCACCGGGCGGCCGGGCCCGACGGGUGCUGCCGGCCACCGGGCAGCCCCUGCGCUACAUGCUGGACCUGUACCGGCGCGCUGCCGACCGCAACGGGCGGCCCCGGCGCGACCGCGUCCCUGGCGCCAACACCGUGCGCCUGGUGCAGGCGAGCUCCCCCCGGGGGCAGCCCUGGGCAGGUCGCCGGUACGCGCAGCCCCUCACCUACCGCCUGGAGGCCCGGCCGGCGGCAGAGCGCCUGCUGCGCGCCGUGGUGGUGUACCCGCGGAGCCCAGCGCCCGGCCUCCUCUGCGCCCUGCAGCCCGCAGCGGCCGCCCGCCCGGCACCCCUGGGCCCCCCGGCCCACCGGGGCUGGGCCCAAGCGGACGUCACGCCGUACCUGGCGGCGGGGAACAGCAGCGAGGCGGUGCUGCGGCUGUGGCACGUGUGCGUCCGGGCGGGCGGCCCCAACGACACCGCUGCGCUGCCCGGCGAGCCCUUCCUCCUGCUCUACCUCAACGACACGCGGGCCGGGCCGCAGCCCGUGGGGGCCGGGCUGCCGCGGAGCCGCCGGGCCCGCGAGGCGCCCAACCUGGCCCAGGACCUGCCCGGCUACCUGCGGGAGCAGGGGGCCGAGAAGAGCGACUGCUCCCUGCGCUCCUUCCCCGUCAGCUUCGCCCAGCUGGGCUGGGACCACUGGAUCAUCGCGCCGCACCGCUACAACCCGCGGUACUGCAAGGGCGCCUGCCCCCGCCUGCUCCGCUACGACUACCACGCGCCCAACCACGCCGUGGUGCAGAACUUCGUCCACCAGCUGGUGGACGCCAGCGUGCCCCGGCCCUCCUGCGUCCCCUACCGCUACAGCCCCAUCAGCGUCCUCAUGAUCGAGCCCAACGGCGGCAUCCUCUACAAGGAGUACGAGAACAUGAUCGCAGAGUCCUGCACGUGCCGGUAAUGCCCGCGGCGGUGCCGGCGUCCGGCUCUCUGCGGCCGCCCUGUCCCUUUGCGCCGACCCCGCGCGCCCGCCGGAUCCUGACUUUUAGAGUUUGUCUUGCUUUUUCACGGGCUGGGCUGUCCCCCGCCCCGCGUCAGUACGGCUCUCGGCGGGCAAGUUUUACAGUAGCUUUUUAUGUGAAUUGUAAGUUUUUAAAGGCAGGAGCCUGCUGGGCCCUGAGCCAGGGCAGUUGCCCCAUGGCAUCGCCCCUUCCCGGGGCCCCACGGCUGCUGCCUGCUACGGGGAGGGCACCAGCAUCGGCCGAGGGUCCCAGCCUGAUGCUCUUGGAGAAGAGCUGGGUCCCAGGACCAGAGCGCGAAGCUCUCAGAGGCGGCUGGGCCUCUCCUGAUGGAGCUGGAGCAGGGAGGGAGAGUUCUCUAGGUGGGCUGUGCUCUCCCAUGUCCCUCCAGCACGUCCCCACGCUUGUCCUCAAGCUGAUGCUGGUCAUCCCCAGCACUAUCUGUCCACAGUCCUUCCUGCCCUGCUGGCCAUCGAUGCCAGCGGUGCUCCUUCCUAGCUCACCUGUACCCUGAACUGUCUAGUCCUGGCUGCGGCCGGACCUCACUGGGCUGGAGAAGGGGCUGAGGUUGCGGGGGAGUGGGGUGUUAAAGCGCUCUUCUCCCCCGCGGUUCUGCUUUGGGGGCUGCAGAAACUGGAGGGACCUGGUGAAGAUGUGACCCGAGCUGCUGGCUCUGCUCCAGGUGCUGGGGACCAGGUGGCUGCCCGUGCUGGGCUCUGCCCUCUGCUUUUUCUGCAGCCCCCUUCCUUCCCCUCUUUGGCUUGCCCUUUGUGGCAGGGCUCGGGGCUGCCCCGGCCGAGGGGCUUGGACCUUCGUCACGGCCUCCUCCUGCCUUCCCACACCUUUGCUGUCCCACGUGGGUCGGGCUCUGCUUGGCUCCAGGGCUGUCCCCAUCUCUGGAUAUGUCUGUUCCACUUCCAGGACUCCUGCAGCCUGGCUUUCCUCUAUUUAUUGCUGACUUGUGUA